GUGCGACGAUUCACCUCGAUCGAGUACGCACAAGUUUUCCGGCUACGACGUACGUCCGUCGCGAGACAACCGCGUGCGCAAUUUCAAGAGCGAUGCACAGGUCAAUUUAUUUGACUCUUUGAUUAUCGUGGACAGUUGCAUAUAUAUCCGCGUGUCGGAGCGGUUCGCAACGGAAAAUCUCUUUCUUUCGUAUGCAAAAACUCCAUAAAAGCGAUUCGGUAUGAAUUUAUCACGGAGAUCGCGAGCAACGCGGCUCACUGUAUUAAUCUCACUGAUCAUUAUCAACACACGAUUAUGCGUCGCUGAAUCGAGCGGCGAAUACCUUCAGAAGGCAAUGAUCGAGCUCCAAGAAUUAAAUAUGCCGUCUAAUAGUCUAACGAUGUACGAUCGAUUGUCGUCGAUGAACCUAGGCUAUCAGCAGGGCUAUCAUGAUCACAAUAAGCAUCGCAAGGUCGGUAUCAACAAUGUCCAUCAAGGCGUGCAGAAGGCGAUUGCGGAUGUUCCUGUCGAAUCCACGGGCAACAUUAUACGGCAGUAUUACGCGGUACGCGACUCCACCGCUAUGACUAGUCACCCGAAGGUGAAACAACCGGAGCCGCUAGCGUUUACACGAGCGGAAUUGGCCGCGUUAUACAAAAAGGCCUUGGAAAAAGGGUCAGCGAUCAACGUAGCGUCGUUGAUGGAUGCUCUCAAUGCCGCGGGCGGCAACGGCAACGGCAACACGCCGUCCGAGGCCGGUCAUCCGCAGCUACCGGUUAAAUCGAUGUACAACUAUUACUUCUUCCCGCUAAAAAGUUUCGCGUCUGAGCUGCAGAGAGAUCAUCACCAAGCUGCGAUCAUUCCAAUGUACGCAGCUACGGAAACCACAGAGAGCACUCAGAAGCAGCUUAUGAAUCCACUCUUCGUGGCGAUCGGCACAUUCAUUAGCAUGGCACUUCUAUUUAUGAUGGGUGUAUUAUUUUUACCGAAACUGCCGCACUUAGAACUUUUCAACGCGCGAUUAGCCGACAACGAUGACUUUUUGCGUUUGACAACAUUUGUAAUGAAUGCCAUAGACAAACGUAAUCACUGGCAGAACUUCAACACAACUAGCUGAGAGCACGUAUAUAAAGUAAAAAAUGUACUGUAUUCUUACAUUAGAUGAGAUUGAAAAUACUAUCGAAUGUAUGUUCUGUAUAAAGUGUUUGAAUCGCGAUCGAUAAAGGAAAAGAAUUGCAAAAGAAAUAUUUACUGUAUAAUAGGGAUUUACUGUAUAAACGGUUAUUUUUCAUUAAUGCCGCGGUUACAACAGUUAACUGUUUACUUCAAAAUAACCGGUUAUUUAAAAUAGCAAAGCCUGUGGAGACAGAUUUAGA